AUAUUUGAAGAUAAUGUUAGAGAUAUACCCAACCUAGGUUAACCAAAGUAUCUCCUUAGAAACUUAUCCGUUUAGGUGCCUCGUGCCUGUGCAACUAAGGUUUGGACAUCAAAGCAAGCAUACACAUGUUCAUUGAUAUCAUAUACAAUUCAACAACCAACAACGGUUAACAUUAAGAUCCUGUGUCUCCGACAACACAACUAAGCCUUAACGACUCAAUUUCAUUAGCAUUAGCGUCUCGCAAUACGCAGGUCGCAAACCGGACUCGCUGCCUAGUACUAGCGCACUUUCAUUUUGCCGCUUCUCUGUUUUCAACAAACGACAACAACCUACAUUGCCGUUUCAAAUCACUAUUUAUCCCCGAGGCACAAAGAGAGGGAGACAUCAUGGUUUCUUCUAAUGGACUAGCUACUACACAACCUCUUUUUUCUUUUGGAUUGAUUUCUGAUGUUCAAUAUGCUGACAUUCCUGAUGGUCGCUCAUUCCUUGGUGUUCCACGGUAUUAUAAGCAUAGUAUUCUUGUGUUGCGGAGAGCGGUUAAAGAAUGGAACACUCAUCAGAAGCAUAAGUUUGCUAUUAAUUUUGGAGAUAUUGUUGAUGGGUUUUGUCCCAAAGAUCAAUCUCUUGGUACUAUAAAGAAACUAGUGGACGAAUUUGAGAUGUUCAGGGGAGGACCUGUGCAUCAUAUUAUUGGCAAUCAUUGCCUAUACAAUCUUCCUCGCAGCGAGUUACUUCCAUUAUUGAAGAUCAAAACACUUGAUGGCCGUGCUUACUAUGAUUUCUCACCAGUGCCUGAAUAUAGAUUCGUAGUUCUUGAUGGCUAUGAUAUCAGUGCCAUUGGUUGGCCAAAAGAUCAUCCAAAAACAUUGGAGGCCUUGAAAAUCUUAAGGGAGAAGAAUCCAAAUGAAAAUAAGAACAGUCCAAUAAAUAUGGAGGGGCUUGAAAGAAGGUUUCUCAUGUUUAAUGGAGCCAUUGGAAAGGAACAGAUGAAAUGGUUGGAUGAUGUUCUCCUGGAGGCAACAAAAUUGAAACAGAAAGUGGUUAUUUGUUGCCAUCUGCCUCUAGAUCCUGGCGCGGCAAGUGAGAAGGGACUGUUGUGGAAUUAUGAUGAAGUAAUGAAUUUGAUACACAAAUAUAAUUGUGUUAAGGUAUGUCUUGCUGGACAUUAUCAUAGAGGUGGAUACUCCAUUGAUUCUCAUGGGAUACACCAUAGAGUUCUUGAAGCUGCUUUGGAAUGUCCUCCUGGUACGGAUGCAUUUGGAUACAUUGAUGUCUAUGAUGACAGGAUAUCACUUGUUGGAACUGACAGAAUGAAAAGUACAGAGAUGCAUUUUACUCCCCCAAGUUAAUUUGUAUGACUGGAUGUGUUGAUGUUUGGAAGAAGAAUAUUUCUAAAUCCUUAUCCAAUAUCCUCAUACUCGUCUUCCUACUUUUUUAUAUGGUAAGUAUCGAAUGUAUUUAAUAUUUUCAAGACGUCAAAUGCAUUUAUUUUAGUAGUAUGAUUUGUAGGAAAAUAAACAUUACUAUUAGAAGAAUACCUAAUAGUAAUAUUUUUUAAUUAAUCAUUGAUAGAGUACCUAUAACCAAGGGGUACCAACUAGUGCUAUUUUUUAAUUAA